AUGACAACCAAAGCGACCCACAUCGAGGUCGUCUUGGAUCUGUCAUCGCAAGCCUUUCUGGACGCAUUCACUCGCUUUACUAGUCGAAGAGGUAUUCCGCGCAAGUUAUUUAGUGAUAACGCUACCACAUUCGUCGGUGCUAACCGCAUACUUCAGGAGGAUUUAGCGCAAUGGCAGUCUGAGCAGAAUCAACAAAAAUUGGCGAAUCUUGGAACAACUUGGCAGUUUAUCUCACCUGGUUCACCACACCAGGGUGGCUUGUGGGAAGCGGCGGUGAAAUCUGCCAAGAAACAUUUAAUAAAACUUAUUGGAAAUCAGGUACUCCGCUUUGAGCAGUGGCAAACCCUAGCGGCGCGAAUUGAAGCCUGUCUUAAUUCUCGCCCAAUCACUCCCUUGACCGAUGAUCCGGAAGACAGAAUCGCAUUAAGUCCCGGCGACUUUCUUAUUGGCAGACCACUCCUUGCAGUUCCAGAACCUGAUGUCACGAAUCUCCCUGUAAAUCAUCUAAAACAAUGGCAAUGGCUGAGACAACUGCAACAGCAAUUUUGGAAGCGUUGGCACGAUGAAUAUCUGGCAACCUUACAAUUACGGGGCAAGUGGAAAAAUCGUAUCACCAAUCUACAGGUCGGAGAUGUGGUUCUCGUUCGUCAUGAGAACCUUCCACCUACUCAAUGGCGGCUUGGGAGAGUGGAAACAAUUUAUCCUGGCAAGGACGGUCUUGUACGCAAUGCUACAAUUAGGACAGCACAUGGAACCUAUACCAGAGCAGUUCAACGCUUGUGUCCUUUACUAACUAAUUUCGAGCUUAUCGGCUCGACCGGGCAGGAUGUUGGAAAUUGAAUUAAUCUCUUUUUUUUACUUUAAUAUGUGAUGAUUUUGUGUAUGGAUUGGAGCCAAAUUGUUGAUUAAAAAUAAAUCAGCGUUUUAUAUAAGAAUUCGCCUCGUGUUCACUUCCUG